ACUCAGCUAUACCGGCUCGAGUUUCGGCUUAGUGAACUCUUCGCAAAGGAAAGGAUACAGCUGUCUUAAGGGUGUAUUUCACCGGACUGAUCUCCGCUUAAAACUCGCAGAAUUCCUCGACAAUCAACGGUGAAAUUCAUCAUAGAGCAUUGCGCUUAAUCGUGAAUUGUUUCGCAGUGACAAACCGACAUCAACACAGCCAGAACUGCUCCCAGACAAUCAAACGUGUGUGAUAUAACAGCUUAAAAGACACGCUCAAUUGAGUGUCAGAUAUGUGAGUGUUUUGAGGCUGAUAUUGCUUGGCGUCGAAGUGCUCUGCAUCAACAAAUACCUUAAGAAGUAUUGUUUAGAAUAUCAUAGUGUCCCGGUUUUAAACUGAGUCCAUCUGCAAACAUGGCGAGUUCAUUAGGGCUGUUUUUGAAUCAGGAUGACUUGGAUGAAGCAAACCGAUUGUCCAAGAAAAUCGACUAUGUUCACUUAGAAGACUAUGAAAAGGAUAUGGUUCGGAAUAUUCUGGAGUUCAACUGGGACUCUCAACACCAAAUGGUGUCGAAUCUGCUGCACUUUCCCCGCAUCAUGCCUGAAGAUAAGCGAGUCAAAUGGAUUUUAAAGGGAUUAAGGGAAGAGAAACAGUCUUAUUAUGUUCUAGCAGCAGCUACCGGAGUUGCAGGUCUAAAGCUUCAUGGCAAAGAUUCAGAAGAAAUCGUGGAGCUGCUGAAGAACAUCUCGACUUCGCAGAACGGAAUGGUAGCUCUUCGGGCGUUCAUGUCACUUGCCGAUUAUUUGAAACACCCGAAAGAUACCCCCUUUGUGAUGAAAUUCAUGAAGAAAUCCAAGUCGAAUUUGAGAUAUAAUUCGCUGGACUGGCUGAUAGAAAAUGUCAAAGAUCGAAAGGAGCUGUUGUCCUUGUUCGAGGAUGAAUCCAUCCCGGAAGAUGUCAGACUUGAGGCCGUGGAACGAGUUAACAAUUCAACGGAUAGUGAGGCGCAAGAUUGGGCAAAUGAAGAUCUCCACCAUUUCACAUUCGUGCCAAACCUGGCAGAGUUUGAAGCCAUGCGGACAAAGGAGCAGACACUCUCAGAGCUUUUUUCCGAGCUCGAUCUGGAUAAAGAUGGUUUGAUCGGUGCAGAAGAGCUGAAAGAUUUCUGUGAAGACAUUGGCCAGGACAUCAGCUUGGAGAGAGCAGCAAAAGAUAUUGCGCUGGUAGACAGUAAUAAAGAUGGAAAAAUUGACAAAGAUGAGUGGAUCGAACUAAUGUUUCCAAAGUUUAAUGUUCAAUGAGAAUUGUUCAUUGAACUCUAAUUUAUGAACUAGAACCAACAACUACUUCUUCAUAGGAGUGGCUCCAUAGUAGUUUAGAGAGGAUUAACAGUUUCGAACUCACUUCCCUUUGAAACGCAGAUGGAAAACGCUUUCCACAAUUGUAGUCUUAGAUAGGAAUGGCCAUUUGGUGACACAGAAGUGAUAAUUAAACUGUUUAGAACAUAGCUAGCCAGUUAGGAACUCGCUCCCUCCUCUGUGAAAUGCAGAUAUAUAACGUUCUCCAGGGUCCAGUCUCUGUGUCUUCCUUCCGUGGGAGAUCCGAGGACUCCAAAAAGAGGCUGUUUAUCUGACCCGAUGGUAGUCUUGUAACCGUAUUCGAACGAGAUACGAAAAGGAGAGAAACGUUCUUUAUUCUUUCUUAGUACGUGGGUUAGGACCAAUUUACAGAUAGAAUUUUUUGAUGGAGAAGGGAGAGGAGAUUUUGUUUCUGAUUUUUUUUUAAAGUUCCUCCUACUGAUCUUUCUUCCCAAAGAUUAAUCGACUUAAUCGUAACCUUUAGGAAUGGAUACGAGUACGUCGAGCACACAGGAAGAAGGGAAAGGCUACACAACUUUGUUUGUACAUAGAGCAACUUCUCUCGAAGACGUUCUUUUAAGAAAGCUUUCUCUAUGACAGGAAAGAUUGUGUGUGAAAAUGCGAGUGUAAUAUAUAAACUUUUUGUCAAUGAACAGCUUUAAAUACCAUAAUGCAGUUGUGUUAAGUUAUUAAACGAUCAAACAGAGCGAAGAAAGUAUUAGAAACUCCAAAUGAGUUUUUAAGUAAAAACAAGAAUACUGCUUGAAGCAAAGGAAGUCGCAAUUAGUUUCAGUUUGGUAUCUGACUGGUUAAGAGGUCAGUGCGAGUGUUUUGGACCAAUCACCGAUCGCAGAUUACUCUCGACACAAAAUUGUUCUCUAUAAUUAACGAGCAACUUUAAAUUGAGCCAAACUCUGUUCCAUUAAAAAGCCCUCAAAUACUGUCUGGAGGUCACCUGUAUAUCACUUUCUUUUACACAUAGAUUAACCGGAACGUACUAGACAUUAAAAUGCAAACUAAUCCAAUGGAAGCCGUACCAUAACUAUGUUAUUCCCAUGUCUCUUACUAGCGACGUUUCUGCCCUUAGAGGAGAACUGGGAGCUAGUUUGGUUGAGGAUAUUAGAAACUGUCGAUCAUACGAGAGUCCAUCUGUAAAGUACCUCAAACGACCCUCGUUUGCGUAAUAAA